AUGGAAGAUGCUGUGUCCGAGGCCCAGAUUGAUCCUCGGAGGUUCACCCGUAAGAGGACCGCGUCGCUGUUCACGCAGAGAGACGACCGUAUUCGGCAACAAGACUGGGAGCGGCUGGCUUCACUGGUGGAGACGGCAGCUGCUGCUGGGUUUGGCUUCUUCAGUGGUCAGCGACGAGGCUCGGCCAGCCCUAAUUUCUUCCUUUUCUUCUUUCAUUUUUUCUUUAUUUCCUUCGUAAUUUAUCUUCUUUCUUACGGACAUCGAAUUCUUUUAAUUUUUCUUAUAUUCUUGUUCUCAUUGUUUAUUGAUUUCAAACUUACUUUAAUUCUCCUCUUUCUUUCUUUCUUUCUUUCUUUCUUUCUUUCUUUUUUUUUUUUUUGCAUAUUCCUUCCAAGCCUUGACUUCUUCCUUUUCUUUUCCUUUUCCAUUCUUUCUUUAUCUCCUUCCAAUAUUUCUUUGUUUUUUUUCAUUCCUUUUCCUUUCUUUUUUUCUUUCUUCCAUUUUUUCUUUUCCACUCUUUUCUUCUUUUUCAAUUUCGUUAUUUGUUUUUUCUUUCUUUCUUUCUUUCUUUCUUUCUUUCUUUCUUUUCCAGUCUUUUCUUCUUUUUCAAUUGCGUUAUUUGUUCUUUCUUUCUUUCUUUAUUUCUUUCUUUCUUUAUUUCUUUCUUUCUUUCUUUUCCAGUCUUUUCUUCUUUUUCAAUUGCGUUAUUUGUUCUUUCUUUCUUUCUUUCUUUCUUUCUUUCUUUCUUUUUUUCAAUUGCGUGAUUUGUUCUUUCUUUCUUUCUUUCUGCUUUGUUUUUACUUUUCUAUCUUUCUUCCUUUCUCCGUUUCUGUCUUAUCUUCUUUCUUUCUUUUUUCUUUCUUUCUUUCUUUCUUUCUUUCUUUCUUUCUUUCUUUCUUUAUCUUUUUGAAUUCUAUCUCAUUCCUCAAUUUCUUCUCUCUUGCACUUAUUCACUCAUUCUCUUUAUUUCUCUCCCUCUAUCUAUCUAUCUAUCUAUCUAUCUAUCUAUCUAUCAGUGUAUUUUCUUUCUUUUUAAUCUCCUUCCUCUUUAAUCUCAUACAGUACUGUAUUUCACUUAUCUCUCCCUUAUUCGUCCCAUUCACUAUUAAGUUACUCUGUUCUCUCCGCGAUUCUUCCCCAUCUCUCUCUCAGUCUAUCUAUCUAUCUAUCUAUCUAUCUAUCUAUCUAUCUAUCUAUCUAUCUAUCUAUCUAUCUAUCAUGCCUCGGGUUCUUCUUCUUUAUUUCAUAAUCAACCUUAAGGAUUUUCCUCUCGCCUUCAUAUCUAAGCUGAAGUGUUUUCCCUCUCUAUUUCAUAGGCAAUCCUAA